GAUUGCCGAAUUCAGCGCUUGAAUUGGCAUAAUAUCGCCAUUCAAAGCGAGUUGUUAUUGGAGAAUCAAAUUGCUUUGGAUGGAAACUGUUUCUGUCAACUCGGGCAAUGCUCUGGGUCAACACAGGUUCUUCUUUGCAGCAGUUGUUUCUGGCAUCCUUGCUGCACUUGCCUCUGUGCUUGCUAAGCUUGCAUCAAACACUUCUCCCGUAACAGGCGGUAUUGUUUAUGAAACCAUCUGCCAUGCAUUGCUGCCAUCAUACUCUUCCGACUCUACUUUAAAUCCUUGCAAGAGCAAUCUACCAGGCGACUCGCUGGAAUUCUAUUACCAGGUGACAACACUGGUUCGAUUGGCAUUUGUAGGAUGUGUAGUUUUGGCUAAUGCUGCAAUGUGGAAAUCAUUUACAAGAGCACUUAGUCAAGCAAAUGCUUCUGUUCAUGUUACUAUGCUCAAUAAUGCUGCAAACAUGAUAGUUACUGGAAUCUGUGGGUUGCUUAUUUUUCGUGAACCAGUCACGCUUAGAUGGUGGGCUGGUGCUGCACUGAUCGUACUUGGUUCUAUUCUAAUGAGUCAAGAUUCAGACAAAAAGGAUGAAAUUCAAAAAAAUAAAUAAAUAUCUCAAGUCGAUCUUGUAACUCG